CUAACAUUACUAGUACACGUUAAUCUCCGUUCGGUGUUUCGUGUUAAUCUGUAUACCUCUCUACAAGGUACUAAAGAUACACGCGGUGGAUCAAAACGUCUUACAUUUUAUAUUUUAUAUUAUCACAGUAGGGAAAUCUUCGAAAUAAAAGUGUUACAAUUUCUUUGGCUAGUUGCAGCAAUGGUCGAAUUUUCCGAAAAAUCACUUUUGCUGGGUAGAACGUCUCAAUAGUGUUAGUGAUUCCGGUUCUUGAGCAAUAGGUCACCAAAUGCACGGGGCCGCCGGUGGUCGUCGCUUGUCGACGCCAUGGGAGCAACUCAUCAGCUCGACUAUGACUCCGACUACUGCGGUGGCUGUAAAACUGGCCGUAACAGACGAACCAGAUCCAUCAGAACCCAACGGUACUAUACCAGGAGAAACUGGACAGCGAACAGGCGGUGGAUUUUUAAGUUCCAUACGAAAACGCUUACCGAUCUUUUCCAGUUUGUCAUUGAACAAAAAUGGUCAGACAAACUUCAGAAAUACGGAUCGCAUCAAAUGUGACGGAGAGUCCCGACCAAUUUACAGACAACCAAGAUUUAGUUCUAGAAGACAAUAUAGAAGAGUCGUGUUUAAACAAGGUGACUGUAAUGUUGUUCAAGGAAAAGUGGCUAAAAGAAGAAGAAAAUAUUUGCAGGAUAUAUUUACUACACUAGUUGAUGCUCAAUGGCGAUGGACAUUAUUGGUAUUUUCCAUGAAUUUUAUGUUGAGUUGGUUAGGUUUUGCUGCUGUAUGGUGGCUCAUAGCACUAAAUCAUGGAGAUUUGGAUGUUGCUAUGAAAACAAAUAACUCAAAUUGGGAACCAUGUGUUCGCGAAAUGUACUCGUUUACAGCAUGUUUCUUAUUCAGUGUAGAAACUCAACACACAAUUGGUUAUGGUUCCAAACACACCACAGAAGAAUGCCCAGAAGCAAUAUUCGUAAUGUGUCUUCAAAGCAUAGUUGGAGUUAUGAUACAGGCUUUUAUGGUUGGAGUAGUUUUUGCCAAACUUUCCAGACCCAAGAAGCGCACACAGACUUUGUUAUUUAGUCGUAACGCUGUAAUUUGCCAAAGAGAUGGUAUAUUAUGCCUCAUGUUCCGGGUAGGUGAUAUGAGAAAAUCACAUAUCAUCGAAGCGCAUGUAAGAGCUCAACUCAUUAAAAAAAAAGUAACCUUAGAAGGGGAAUUACUACCAUUUCACCAAUAUGAAUUAAAAGUCGGUGGAGAUGGCGUAGAAGACCGAAUUUUUUUUAUCUGGCCUACCACUAUAGUUCACAAAAUCACUCCUGAUUCGCCAUUGUAUAUGCUUUCUGCGGCUGAUUUUUUACGAGAAAAAUUUGAGAUUGUCGUCGUACUAGAAGGAGUUAUUGAAUCAACUGGUAUGACAACCCAAGCUCGAUCGUCUUACCUACCUAACGAAAUUCUCUGGGGACAUAGGUUUGAAACAUUAGUGUCGUACAAAAAAGAAACGGGAGAACAUGAAGUGAAUUACAGUCUUUUUAAUAAUACUUAUGUGGUAGAUACACCGUUGUGUAGUGCACAUGAUCUAAAGAAACUCGUUUCUAUUGGGACACAUACAGAAAUGCAUCAUAUGCACCAUUUGGAUCAUACAACUAACAUUGGCGAUUCACUAGAGGGUACUACUUCUCGACCUAAAAGUCAAAAAUUGCAAGAGGAUCAGAAACCUCCAUCGACGGAUUUGAUGAUGGCACAAUUGGAGCCAUUUCUUAUUAAACCAGGUGAAUUACCUGGACCCGAAUCAUUCCUAUGACUAGGAGCUGACUGGAAGGCCAAUGGCAGAAGGGGAAAAAAAUUGUGGCAGCUUUAUUAGCUUCAAAAAUAUUUUGCAUCAAUAAAAAAAAAAGAUCUUCAAACAAAUUUUUUAACAUCCUGAAAUCAUAAUUACUCAUUAUAUUUAAAAAUCCAACUUACUAUUAAUUGUUUUUAUCACCAGUGAUACAUUAAAUGAUCCUAUAAUGACACAAAGCAACAAAAUUUUUUAAAAAUUAAAAAGAUAAAAAUAUAAUAGUUAAAUAAUAAUGUCUUUGUUACAUACAGCUGGCCAAAUUACGCUAUUCAUAGCGGCCGUCAUUGCUUUAUGGACGGCGGCCCAGGGUGAAAUUGCCCUAUUGCCUCUGUAGCCAGUUCCCCUUUGCCUAUGACACUUCGAUUACAUCUCUUUUACUGUAAACGAACUUCUACUAUGGUAAAAUUGGCCUCGCUAAACUCCCAAUUUCCCCAAUCUUUCACAAUCAUUGUGAUCUUCCUAAAUAUAUCAUUAUACUUUGAUAUUUGUUAAACCAUUAAUAUAAAUAUUAAUGUGCCUCAAAUGUGAUAUUAGUUAGAUACUUAUAUUUAAAUUAAUAUAAACGCGCUCGUUUUACUUAAAUUCUUUAAAACGUUUUGUUUUAUCGAGUCGACUGUAAGUAAUUACUUUGUCCAAAAAUUAUCCAAAAAUAUGUGUUUUCAACAACCAUUUAAUUUUAUUAGUAAAUAAAUAAAUCUGACUUUGAAUAAUGUUAUAUGUAUAUAUUUUAUGCAUUUUACAUUAAAUAAU